AUGGAGCUGUCAUUCCCACGUGCACUAGCUGGCAGGUCGCGACUGGCAUGCGGAGUGUGGAGCGCGUUUUUGCUCGGCUGGGCAGUAGUGACAUGGCACAACGUGUUUAUAUUCACGAGUCUGCACGACACUUGGUCUUUACUGCCUAACUCUUUGUCCAAUAUGCGUGGUCUCACUUUGCUUUCUGCAGUCAGCCCUGUGCUGGCGCUGACGCCUGCGGACACUUUUUACCCGCCGAACCUCAAUGAUACUGCCUACAUCAGUAACAGUACUAUUGGGACAUACGGCGGUAUUUACAAGGCACCAACCAAUGGCCCGACUGCUGGGGAACCAUAUGGUACCUAUGACUACUGUUUCAUGCCGCAUCCUCGCUCUGAGGAGUACACUCUGCCCGAAGCCAUAGGCAAGGGAUCGGGCAAGGGCAAGCUUGUUUACUUGGAGUAUCUGCAGCGUCACCAGAGACGUUCUCCAUACAAUAUUCUGCCCGGGGGAGAAAACCAAGCCUAUGAAUGUGACAAUGUGCGCCCGUAUCUCUACGGAGGCCCCAAUAGCGCAAGCGGUAUCCAGCCUGUGCCAAUGUAUGCCCAGACAUACGAAGACCCCUCCAACCCCUUCACGCCCGGUGUGAACGGGACAUGCCAGUACCCGCAGAUCACCAUCGGCGGUGUCCAAGAUGGAUACCAGCAUGGUAAGGAUCUAUGGGCCGUCUACGGCAAGAAACUUGGUCUCAUUCCCAAGAAACCAAACAAUCGCGUCUGGUUUCGAUCCAGUGACUCGGCUCUUACCCAGGCUUCGGCUGGUGCGGUCUUACGUGGUGUGUGGCCCGAUUACCAGGGAGCACUGCCACUGCAUCAGAUGGUAACUUCCGUUGACACUGUGAAUGAAGGGUAUUCCUGUCCUGCUGUCAGCUCCACGCUUUCUUCGAUUAAAUCUACAUCGCAGUGGACAGAGCAUCUGACUGUCACUGCAGAGUUGCGCUCAAAGCUUGGAUCUAUGCUUGGCGCGACAAGCAGUUCGUGGCAGAGUACCUUUGAUCAUUUCUCCGAUAAUUUCCAAGCUCGCCUUUGUAAUGGAUAUGAGCUUCCAUGCAGUGUGUCAAACUCGUCUGCUUGUGUUACGAAGGAGAUGGCCGAGGAGGUCUUCCGUGCUGGGGACUGGGAGUGGAACUACUACUGGCGCACAAACCCGGAUGUGGUCAAGUACAUCCAGGUUGUUGAGGGUCUUUUCAUUGGUGAGAUUGUUGCCCGUCUGCAGGCUGUGCAGGAUGGAAAUUCUUCUCUGGAUUACAGUCAUAUCUUCAUUCAUGAUGGUGACAUUGGCCCCAUUCUGGGUUCUCUUGGAAUCGAGGCUCUGCGCUGGCCGGCUAUGGCGUCGAACAUUGCCUUCGAGGUGUGGGAAACUGAUGAGAAGUCGCUCUAUGCUCGAGUCUUGUACAGUGGUCAACCUGUGAGGAGCAUCCAUGGUGUCCUUGACUGGGUUCCUCUUUCAGGCCUCAUUAGCAUUCUGGAGCCUUAUGUUCCUCAUGACAUUGUUUCUCUCUGUGGGUGA